AUGAAAAACAAUUCCAAUUUGGCGCGUCAACCGUUUGAAUUUGGAACGAGAGGCGACGAGGCGUACCACGCGUCGAGGCGAACGCCAUUCCAAAGAGAUGUAGAUAUUAUUUUCAAACUUGAUUCAAAACAUCUGAUAGAGUCAUUGACAUCCGAGAAAUCUGUUAAGUACAUAACAGAAUUGGCCCAGGCGUUUGCAAAAAAAGCAGCAGAGACUUUCAUAAAUGAAAUUAAGAAUAAGAAACAUCUAUUUAAUAAGAAACGUAAGAAACGAUCCAAACUAGUUAAAGUGGACAGAGUACAGAAAGUAAUGGAAUCUAAAUAUCAUGAUGAGGAUGUUUUGACUGAAACAGAAGCUUUCAAAUUACUGGAGAAACCUUCACCAGAUGGUGACAACUUGGACUGGCACGCACCUCAAGACCUUACCGCGGAAAUGGAAAAUACCGAAGAACCUAAGACCAAGAAGAAAAGAAUACCAGUGUAUGGUUUAAAGAAAGCUGACCGUGUUACUUACAAUCCCGCGUCACUCAAACUUAUUCCGGAAGACGUCCUAAGUGGAUUAGGGGAAUUAGUGUCGGAUCAAUAG